CCACUCCGAGUAGCCCGGGGGGGGCCAGCAAAGCUUUCGGGAAGGCAGGCAGAGGUGCAGGCAGAGGUGCCGUCACAGCGAGAGGUGUCCUGUUUCAGAGUAGCUUUUUUUUCUUGUUUGGCGAGGGGGCGGGACACCCCCGGGGGCAUCCGUGCUGAUCGGGGCUCCCGUGCGACAGGAUGUUCUCUGCUCUUCCGCGAGCGAGGAGACGCUGGCAGGACUGCUGCCACGGAAACACAUUUGGUGGCGAGAAGCAAGGGACAGGCAGAACAAAAGGGAGAGAGAGAGAGAGAGGGAGGACAGAAAGGUGGUGACACAGACCGGCUCAGGGUGACGUUUGCUUUUUGCCUGGUCUGAAUCUGGGCGGCGAGGAGCUCGCAGGACCGCCCUGAAAUAAAGGAUUGUUUUGGGGAAUUCCGAGGGGUUCUGUUCAUUUUGGGCAGUGGCCCGCUUGUGUUCAUUUGAGUCCGGCGAGCUUCCCUCUCCGCAUACCUCCGUCCUGUCCAGGCACGUUUUGGCAAAGCCAGCUGUGGGACAGAGGCACGAUGAGGACGGAUACUCAGAUUGCUGCGGAGAGCACCAGACCUCUUCGCCCAGGUGCAACACAAGUUCCGGUUCAGCCCGGCAAACGCAGAAGACCAAUGGCGGCUCCGAAGACAGCGACGGAGAAGGCCGCCAAGCGGAAGAGGAUUUUGAUCACGGUGCUGGCGGUGCUGGUCGUACUGGCUAUAUUGGUGGUGGCCGGUUACUUUGUCAAGAAACUCAUUGACAGCAAGUACUUCUUCUGCGUGAGGUCGUUCAAGUUCAUCCCGCUGGACAAGGCGUGUGAUGGGAAGGCGGACUGUUCUGGGGGGGAGGAUGAGAGCACUUGCGUUUCCAGCCUGACCGCCAAUACCACCUUCCCAGUACGUCUGGUGUCCAGCAGUCAGGUUCUGCAGGUGUACAGGCCCGGGUCGGGCUGGCGGACGGUGUGCGCGGAGGAUUGGAGUCCCCAGCACACAGAGACCACCUGCCGACAGCUGGGCUACUCAGUAAACCCUGGAAUGUCCAAAGUUGAAGUCGGCACCUUGCCCUCUGAUUUCAGGGCGUCGUUCUGCGGGGUCAGGUCUGACCCGGGCGCGGCCUCCACCAUUGAGCAGGCCGUCUUUGACCGCCAGUCAUGCUCUUCAGGCGCUGCGGUCUCCCUCACCUGCUCAAACUGCGGGGACCAGGCGGCCGAGGACCGGAUCGUGGGCGGGACGGGGACCACCAUCGAGGAGUGGCCGUGGCAGGUCAGCCUGCAGCAGAACGGCCAGCACACCUGCGGGGGGUCCCUGGUGACCCCGCGCUGGGUCGUCACGGCAGCGCACUGCUUCUCCGGAAGUAAGAAGGAGGUGAGCCGGUGGCAGGUGAUGACAGGGCGCACAAAUAUGGGGUCCUUAGGGGGCUCGUCAGUGGACAAAAUCAUCCUGAACGGGGAGUAUUCUGCCCAGCGCAACGACUAUGACAUCGCCAUGAUGCGGCUCAGCAAGCCUAUCACCGUUGGACAUACGCAACGGCCCGUGUGUCUGCCCCCCUACGGCAUGAAUUUGAAGGGGGGGACACCCCUGGUGGUGACGGGAUGGGGCUACACGGAGGAGAGAGGUGCUGUGUCCUCGGUGCUGCAGAAGGCCUCAGUGGCCCUGAUAGACAGAUCUGUGUGCUCCAGUCGCGAGGUCUAUGGCCCGGCCAUCACUCCCAGAAUGGUGUGCGCUGGGUUCCUCGACGGCAAAGUGGACGCCUGCCAGGGGGACAGCGGGGGACCUCUGGUGUACCUGUCUAAUAAGUGGCAGUUGGUGGGCGUGGUGAGCUGGGGAGUGGGCUGUGCCCGUAAGGACAGGCCUGGGGUCUACACCAACGUCGACGAGAUGCUCAACUGGGUCUACACGGUCAUGGAGAAAAACCGAUGAGUGCUUCCAGGACCAAAGAAGGGAGGGGCCGGAGUGGGCCUUAUGCACUGAGGAGACUUCCUAUUACUUAUUUGCCAAAGAUGUUAACAUUUCUCACACAUGCAAGGAAUGGCAGGCACUUUGCACGCACGCACGCACACACACACACACACACACACACACACACUCACAUGCACACACACACGCACCCACCCACUUACCCAUGCACGGAUAAACACACACACACACAGAUAAUACUCACCGUUCAGGAUCACACUUUAGCCUCCAUUUCAUAUUUCAGGUUCUUUCUGUGAAUGAUCCUCCAUGAGAGCUGUACAGAUCCUACAUUAGUAACUACAUGCCACCUUCAUUAGCAUUUAAUAGAUGCUAAUGAAUCUAGUAAUCUGCGUUUGAAUCCAGUUCUGUGGUUGAUAUAAAUGCUUUUGUCGAUAACCUGCAUAUAUGCAUGUGGUGUGUAAUUUGGGUUAUCGUGGAAAUGUCUCUUGCUGCAUCAGUGGUGACAUACACCAUAUGCCUAUUUGCAGGUACUGACAUAAUGCAUAAUGAAAUGGUUCAGAAUGUAGUGCUUACACAUAUGAAGCUGGUAUGUACAGCUUGAGGAGUAGUUAUACAGCUCCUAUGGAUGAUCAUUAAUAUAAAAAAAUAAAAACGGUAUCGACAAAUCUCAGGGCAUAAAUAACCUAUGAAAGGACACAUACAGUAUGGACAAAAAGCAAACGUAUCUGUAUUUUACACUAAAUGGCAGUCAGAACUAGGGGGGUCUUGAUUUCACCUGAAAUGUGUUGCAUUUUACCAGUGGCCUCAGAAUGUACAGUACUCUACAAUCAAAUCUCAAACGAUAGCUCUCUGUUGCUUUGUUUGAGGACUUGUGUCUGUAUAGUCAUCGUUGUUAAGCUGAUACUUGGGUCCACUUAUCAAUGGCUGUGUUCAGGUUUAACUUUUACAUCCAAAGUCCUCCUACAUUCAGAUGCAGUCCUCUGGUUUCAGGUGUUUCUGUCUUUCAUUUUUGUCUGGAUUUCAUCCAUUUUUUGUCUCCAGGUUUUAGUUUACACAGUGGCCUUGGAGUGACUCUUGGAGAGCACUAGAGGGGAUUUGAAUGCUCUCUUUGUGCCAUUGAAAAUUGUCUUGAAAAUGAUCAUAUUGUGUUUGUGUAAAUAUUGUAAACAAUGAUUUUUUUUGUUAUAAAUGUAUAAGUUAUAAAUGCCAACACUGUAUGUACAUUAGCGAAUUGUGUAAUUUUGUUGUAAAUAUCAUGUGCAAUAAAAGUGAAUAAUUUUCAACAAUGAAUAA